ACGCGGGCGACAGAGGGAACACUGACGUCCACACCCCCACUGAGGCGUCUCGUGUGAAAAGGGAGCAUUUGGCAUUUACAGCUGAGUUGCUGCUGAGUCUCUGAUACAGAGCCUGGAGGAUAAAUCUGCAUUAUCACUCUUAUUUUUGUCGCAGCGGAAGUUGGAAACAAAAUGGAAGUGGCAGAAAAGAACAUACCGUGCAGCAGUGUGGUUGGAGGUAAUUUUGAAGAGGUUUGUCCAGAGAGGGUGAUUAGGUUUAAACCGCCAUUAUACAAACAACGGUACCAGUUCGUUAGAGAUUUAGUGGAUCGCCAUGAACCCAAGAAGGUUGCAGACCUGGGAUGUGGUGAUACCAAGCUCCUAAAGCUGCUAAAAAUCUAUCCAUGCAUUCAGCUGCUUGUUGGGGUAGAUAUCAAUGAAGAAAAAUUACAUUCAAAUGGGCAUUACUUGUCUCCCUACCUGGGGGAGUUUGUAAAACCCCGAGAUCUAGAUUUGACUGUCAUCUUGUAUCAUGGCUCUGUUGUGGAGAGAGACUCUCGCCUGCUUGGAUUCGAUUUGAUAACAUGCAUUGAAUUAAUAGAGCAUUUGAAUUCAGAUGACCUGGCCAAAUUUCCCGAAGUGGUCUUUGGAUACCUGUCGCCAUCCAUGGUUGUCAUCACCACACCAAAUGCUGAAUUCAACCCCCUGUUUCCCACAGUGUCCCUGAGGGAUGCAGAUCAUAAAUUCGAGUGGAGCAGAAAGGAGUUCCAGACCUGGGCUUCGCGGGUGGCAAACUGCUACAAUUAUUGUGUGGAGUUUACUGGGGUCGGGACACCCCCAGCUGGGUCUGAGCAUGUCGGAUAUUGCACCCAGAUAGGUGUCUUUAGGAAGAACAGCGGGAAGCUAGCUGAAUCCCAUGCUUCACAGCAGCAUGACCGGCAUGUGUACAAAGUUGUUUAUACAACCACCUACCCAAGUUUACAGCAGGAAAAGGUGCUCAAGUUUGUACUGGUCGGGGAGCUCCUGAUACAAGUGGAACGCUUGAGACUGAGAUACCAGCGGAUGCUGAGGGAACAGGAGAAGGAACUGGGCCCUAAGCCAGGGCACACGGACUGCUCCCCAGCCCCUCACCUACUCUUGGGAGCAGUAUUCACAGAGGCUGAAAAGGCCAGGAUAGAAAAUACUCCCCAGCCCUUCUGUGAAGGAGAGAAGUUUUUCAUACCCCUGAGGAGACUGCUCGCUUAUCCCAAGCUGCAGCACUUGUGUACUGACGAAGAGAGGAUGCGGUCCCUCAUUGCUGACUCGGUGUCCCUAAGCAGCGACGGUUCUGCAGUCGUGGUUGACCUGCACAAUUCUUGGGAUUAUCGGCCUGAAGAUAAUUGA